UCCCUUUCUUUGGUAAACUCUGGAACUCCCUGCCUGCUUCUAUAUUUCCACCUUCCUAUGACUUGAAUUCCUUCAAGAGGGAGGUUUCAAGACACUUGUCCUUCAGUUUUUGACUACCACUUUGGACCCUUUUCUGGGACUGGCAUUUCAGUGGGAUUUUUGUUGCCCUUGGACAGUGUCCCUCCUACAUAAAAAAAAAAAAAAUGUUUCUAUAGAAAAGCUUUACAUAUGUGCACUAUAUUCUUUUCAAAGUUCCUUUCUUCUCUUCUUUUCCUAAGAUAUUAAUUUCUUACUUUUUUAUAAUCUCUAUUCCCUUUAUUCCACUGCUUCUUCACCUUUUUUCCAUGUCUUGCCCUUGUCCCUUUUUCCCUUCCCACAUCUAGCAUUAUACCAACUAUGCCUACUCAUUUUCACUUUGUACGUUGGUACAAAUUUAAACACUUCCUCUUUGUACGUAUUUAACAGUGCUUCACAUUUUGUCUGUACUUCCUUGUCUUACAACAGCCUAUCCCACUUUAUAAUUCCAUAAAGUUUUUUAGGUUCUUUAAAAUUUACCUUUGCAUAGUUUAGUCUGCCAUUUCUGUAUUUUUUCGAAUCCUUUACUGUUAUCGCUUCUAAUUUAAUCCCUAUUACAGUAUGAUAACUUCCAAAUGGGGGCAGUUACGUCAUAUUUUGCCUAGAUUCCUGUAAACACUAGGUCAAACAUUGAAGGUUGCUCUUCUCCUCUGUAUCUUGUAGCUUCGUCUACCCAUUGCUCUAAAGUAUUCACCAUUUCUAAUUGUAUUAUCUCUUCAUAUCAUAAAUCUACACCCUCCCCUAGUUCCAACUCCUCCCAAUUAACAUUCUUUCAAUUAAAGUCAUCCAUGAGCAACACCUUAUUUGUUUUUCUGAUCAUAUUUUCCAAGCAUUUCCAUAAUUCUUGCAUCUUAUACUCUUUUGUCUUUCAUAUAUUUGUCUUGGGUGGUAUAUGUGACAAUAAUCUUUCUCUUUUUCUUUUCACUGCCUUUAACUACUGUAUCACAGUUUUUUAUACCUAAGGGGAGACUUUAUACUAAUUCUCCCUGAAAAUCUCUCAUGGACACUUCACUCACCUUGUUUUGAAAAGCACAUUACAAGCCACUCAGUCAGAAGGUCCAGAAAAUUCAGUGAAACAUGAAUAUUGUGCAAUAAUUAUGUCAAACCCAAGCAGAGGGUUAGAUUUAGUAGAAGCAAGUAGGGAAUAGGAAUAUUCUAGAAAGAUUAAGUAGUGCGGAAGCAUGUCAUGGCCAGUCACCACCUGCCAAGCUAGGGGCACAGUGAUAUCGACACCUUGUUGGCAUCCACUCCACCACCCUCACCCUCCCUCUGACUCCGACCUGUAACCAGUCAAGAGGUGGACCCUGAUUUCCCACAGUGGUGACUACAUUCUCCUGAGAAGCAACCAGCAGAGGUGACACCCAACAUUCCCCUGAAGGGCAUCAAGGAGGGACCAAGUGGACAAGGCAGCUGGAUGAGGUCAACCCAGGUCAUCCUGGGGAUUGCAAGUUUUUACAUCUGUAAGAAGUUGAAGUGGGCGCGCCUGCGAGAGGCUCACAGACUAGUCAGCGAGUCCCGCCAAAACGAGUCUUAAGGCCCUGAAGGUUUGUUGUUGUGGGGAUUUUGGCGGGAGAGGCGAGCGAGAGAGAGACAGGGUGCAGAGGAGUGGUGGAUUUGCCAUUUGAUUUGCAGGAGUUUGGUCUUGGCAGUGUGCUGUGGGACGUCAGUGAGGUGGCACCGUAGCAGAUACUGUGAACUAAGGAGGCUGCAGUGAGGAACUUGCUGUCCCUGGCUGCUAUGGUGUUAGUACCGCCGUGCAUGGAGGAAGAGCUGCAGUACUUCAGGGUAGUGGUAGUGGCGUACCUUCAGCGCGUUGGGUCGGUGUGCGGUUGGGCCUAUAGGGUGUGAGGGUCCUGGGGGUACUGGUUAGGGUGGGACAGUGUCAGUGGCAUAUAACAUUUCUUGUGUUGGUGCGUGAAGUGUUUAUUUCUCCUGUUUAUUUGUAUGUGGAUUUACCCAUUUUCUCAUGGGAUCAGGUAUUUUGGAGUGCCAGCAGUGUGGCCUCUAAGAGUGUUAAGCACUCAUAUUUUAUUUGUGUUUUCUUUAUUAUGUACUCAUUUGUGUUUUCUUUAUUAUGUACUCAACCAUUAGAUUUUUAAAUUGUGGCCCGGGUUUCUGUGAACCUAAGCAGGAGGUUUAAAUUAAUCAGUGGGUUCUUGUGGUGAGUGCUUGGUGAGCCUAAUUAAGGUAGGUUAACUGUGCCCUAGUUUUGCACUCAUUACAAUUGGUAGCAGAGCGUGGUUCUAUGCCCUUUUGGGGAAAUUGUUUCAAACUCCUGCUUGGGUCCAGUGCUUUUGGCAAAAUCCACUUAAGUGUUAGUGUGGCACUACUCCUGCACAAUGGAGGAUUUGUUGUGUUUGGGUGAUGUUGAUGGCCAAGGUGUAGCUGGGGUUAAAGUUGAGUGUAAGGAGGAGAGCAGGGAGGUGGAAGUGACCCCAGAGGUAGUUGAUAACUUAAUCAGUACCAAUGCUCAGUUAUCCCAAGCAGUGGCACAACUGUGUAAUAAGUUUGACCAAAUGGGGCACAUGCAAAACAUGGUGUGGUCACGUCCUGUCCCCACUAUUGGAAAAUUCUCUGGAAGGGUACGGAGGGCCAGUGAGUUGGAUGACUGGGUAGAGGAUGCCACAGAGAAAAUAAAGCAGCUGGGAUUACAGGGCUCUGAGGGAGUGUCAUACCUGUAUGGGUUCUUGGAAGGCCCAGCCCUGUCGAAGGGUCCGCAACAGUACUGUGAAGACUGUGUCUGACCUUUUUGAUUGUUUGAGGUCUGCUUUUGGACCAGAACUGAAUUAUACAGACUUAGAAAAACAGCUGCAUGCUCGGGUUCAACAGCCGGGUGAAGGAGUGUGGGAAUUUGCUGAUUCUCUGGGUGUUAUUGUGGAUAAAAUGUACAAAGUGAGAGACAAGGGAGAUAAAGAACGGCAAUGGCUGCUAACUACAUGGUUCUGUAGGAAUUUGAGAGACAGAAAAGUAGGAGUGAAGUUGGGAAAAUGGUGGGAAAAGCACCAGCCUGUGAAGUGGGAGGACAUGGUUCAGCAAGCAGCAGACCAAGUGAGUGAGGCUGAGCGGAUUGUGAAGGAAGAAGCAGAGUUAGUGAGUGGGAAAAAGCCAGAGAGAGUUGUGAGGAGUACCCUUUCUUCACCAUCUUGCUCCUUGUGUGGACAACAUGGACACUUGGGAUAUCAGUGUGAAUGGUUCAAGGAGUUGGUGUCCAAGACAGCGGGAAAACAGGAGUCCUUGAGAACAAGGGGCCAGCUCUCAAGGCCUGACGACAGGGCCCCCACUACAGCUCAGAUAAGGAGUGUGACUAAUGUGACCGAGGAAUGGAAUGAUGUAAAAAGAGGGAAAGUUAAGUUGUUUGGAAAGACUCUGAGGAUAGAUGCGUUGGUGAAUGGUAUACCUGUAAGUGCUAUGGCUGAUUCUGGUGCUGAGGUCAGUCUGGUGACAGAGGAAUGGUACAAACAGCACCUCCUCCCCAAGCAAGCUGUGAUCUAUGGGAUGGACAUUCGGAUUACAGAUGCAAAUGGGAGGGAAAUUCCCUGUUUGGGUUAUGUGAAGGUGAAUGUGGAAAUUGAGGGAAAAAGUGUUAAAGACUGUGGACUUUUUGUGAAAGGUGGUGGUGGGGAGAGUGGUGUGGUGCAGGGCACUACAUUGCCAGUGUUGUUUGGAAUGAAUGUGUUGAAGGGAGCCGUGCACCUGGGGCUAACUGAGAAGUGGGGCAGGUGUGUCCGUGCCAUUGAGGCAAAAUUGAGGGUGACACAACAGCCUCUGGGGUUUGCUGUAAUUCAGCAGCAACAGGAUUUAGUAAUCCCGGCUGGUACCAGAAGAAUAAUGAGAGUGUUUGUGGAAAGUUUACAGGAAGUAGAUGUAGAUAGUGUGGUGUUGGAGCCCUUAGUGCCUGGUGAGGGCUACUGGGUGCCUGAAGGUUUGUGUAUAUUUCCCAGUUAUACCAGAGUGGUUAAGGGUGAAGGAUGGCUGUCAGUGGGUAACCUGGGACAAGCAGAUGUGCAAUUCAGGCCACAGUGGAAGGUAGCCAAAGUUUCUCAUGGAAGGGAGGUUACUGUGGGAAGAGCUCACACACACACAAUAGCUCAGACUGCACCUCCUUCAGUGGUUAAGGAGUUCAGGGACAGACUAGGGGUGCAGGUGGAUGAGAGUCAGCUUGAUUCAGCACAGUUGGAGAGACUGGAUGGAUUGAUCCAUGAGUACGGAGAUGUGUUUGCUGAAAACGAGCAGGAUUUGGGAUGUGCUACUGGAGUGGAGCAUGAAAUUCACCUCAAUAGUGCAGUGCCCAUUCGCCUUCCAUACAGACAUAUUCCUCCCCCAUGUAUCACUGAGGUUAAAGCUCAUGUAAAGGGACUGUUGGAACAGGGAGUGAUAGAGGAGAGUGUGAGCCCAUAUGCAGCCCCAAUAGUGAUGGUGAGGAAGAAAGAUGGUUCGCUGCGACUUUGUGGUGAUUAUCGAAGGCUGAACGAGGUGACAGUGAAAGAUGCCUUCCCAUUACCAAGGGUACAAGACACACUAGAUGCAUUAGCUGGGGCACAGUAUUUUUCUUCUUUUGAUUUAGCUGCAGGUUAUCAUCAGAUUCUUGUGCAGGCAGAAGACCGGCCCAAGACUGCUUUUGUAACACCAUUUGGCCAUUAUCAAUAUGUGCGCUGUCCUAUGGGGUUAUCCAUUAGCCCAGCAACAUUCCAAAGGUUUAUGGAGUAUGUGUUUAGCGAUCAGGUUUUUGUGACUCUUUUGGUGUAUCUGGAUGAUUUGUUGGUGUUUGCUCGGAGUGUGGAUGAGCAUCUGGAUAGACUGGAGGGAAUGUUGAAGCUUUUGAGGAAACAUGGGCUGAAGUUGAAACCUUCCAAAUGCCACAUACUAAAGCCCCAGGUUAGGUACCUUGGAUUUAUCAUUUCUAAGGAGGGAAUUAAUACAGACCCAGAGAAAAUACGGGCUGUACAGGAGUGGCCAGUUCCGCGCACUGUUAGGGAGGUCAGGGCAUUUGUCGCAUUCUGGUCCUUUUACAGAAGGUUUGUGAAAAAUUUUGUGAAGGUGGCUGCUCCGUUGCAUGCUUUGAUGAGUGGUGAUUCUAAGGCAGCAGUGAGUGAUUAUUGGGGGAAGGAUGAGGCCAGAGCAUUUGCCUUGUUGAAAGAGAAGUUAAGUCAGGCUCCAGUGUUGAAAAGUGCAGAUUACAGCAAGCAGUUUGUGGUGGAGACAGAUGCUAGCUUUGAAGGACUGGGAGCAGUUUUAUCUCAGGAGCAUGAUGGGAGGUUGCAUCCGGUGGCUUUUGCAAGUAGAGGUCUCAGAAAGUCAGAGCGGAACAUGAGCAAUUACAGCUCUAGGAAGUUGGAGCUGUUGGCUCUGAAGUGGGCAGUGACAGAGCAGUUUAAGCACUAUCUGGUGGGUGGACAUUUUAUAGUGCUGACGGAUAAUAAUCCAUUGGCACAUUUGAACUCUGCCAAGCUUGGGGCAGUGGAGAGUAGGUGACUGGGUG